GUUUCGUGUAGGUCUUCUGAGGUGGAGGCUCCCGCAGCCGUCGCCCGCGAGUUGGGAGCGGGCUGAGAGGGGACGCGGCGGUGGCUUCGGCGGGAGGAGUGUGAGGUCGGUGUACAGGCGGCAGUGUGCGCGCGCCGGCUCCCGGAGGCCGCGGAGGCUGCGGAGGCCGGGGUUCGGGACCGAGCGGAGCAGCGGUGUGGUGUCAGUUGUCAGCGUCGCCGGCGCCUCGGCUCUGUGGAGGAACGGCAGUAGCCGGCGGGAUAUUAGAAAUGGCUACUCCCCAGUCAGUUUUCGUAUUUGCAAUCUGCAUUUUAAUGAUAACUGAGUUAAUUUUGGCCUCAAAAAGUUACUAUGAUAUCUUAGGUGUGCCAAAGUCUGCAUCAGAGCGCCAAAUCAAGAAGGCCUUUCAUAAAUUGGCCAUGAAGUACCAUCCUGACAAAAAUAAGAGCCCUGAUGCUGAAGCAAAAUUUAGAGAGAUUGCAGAAGCAUAUGAAACACUCUCAGAUGCUACUAGGCGAAAAGAGUAUGAUACAGUUGGACACAGUGCUUUUGUUAAUGGUAAAGGACAAAGAGCUAGUGGAAGUCCUUUUGAGCAGCCAUUUAACUUCAAUUUUGAUGACUUAUUUAAAGACUUUGGCUUUUUUGGUCAAAAUCAAAACACUCGAUCCAAGAAGCAUUUUGAAAAUCACUUCCAGACACGUCAGGAUGGUUCCAGUAGACAAAGGCACCAUUUCCAGGAGUUUUCUUUCGGAGGUGGGUUAUUUGAUGACAUGUUUGAAGAUAUGGAGAAAAUGUUUUCUUUUAGUGGUUUUGAUACUACCACCAAUCGGCACACGGUACAGACUGAAAAUAGAUUCCAUGGAUCUAGCAAGCAUUGUAGGACUGUCACUCAACGAAGAGGAAAUAUGGUUACUACAUACACCGACUGUUCAGGACAGUAGUUCGUUCUUUUUCUGUUCUCAAUAAACCCAAUUAGUUGGCUCUUCUUCAAUAUCUUUGAUGGAAAACAAUUUUGGGUGAACUGUUUUGACAAGUGCAUGAUUUCAUUUAACUUAAUAUAGCUAUUAAAUAUAUUUAAAUUGUUUUUGACAAAUUCAGCAACAUUUAGUUAGUAGAGAAAUAGCUAAUUAUUCAUUUCCCUGAUUAGGAAAGUUUCUUUAAAGAAAGAUACUACAAUUCUGCCUGAUCUUUUUUCUCUCUCUCCCCUUGGGCUUAUUAACAUGGCCAAUUUUAUUACCAAGAAAAGAAUGAGUUUCCCUGAUAAAUAUUUAAAGGUUAAACUUUAAACGUUAUUGUAGAUUAAGUUGUAUGAACUUGAAUGAUUUUUGAAGUGAAACCUUUGCUAAUUUAAAAUUGCAUGCUCUGUAGCAUCUCUGACUUGGGUUGCUAAAUGUAUUUGAAAUUGUAUAAUUGAGUCAUUCAGCAAAGGAUAGCAGUAUCUUGGUUAAUUUCCACUGAAAGCUUCAGAAAGGCAUGGUUUAAUAUUUACCACAGAACUAUGCAGUAGAGUUGGAGUAAAGGAAAUGAUCGUACUGCUUUCUUGUCAUUUAGGCUAAAAGAAAGUGGAAAACUCAUGAAAUAUUGCCAAGAGAUUGUUAUGUGUUUGGUCCCUGGCUAAUGAGUUUGUUGUGUUGAAAUCACAGCUACUUUACACAUCUUUUCACAUUUCUUUCUUAGUUGUUGGCGCUGUUGGUCUUAAUAUGGAUUUAUGUAUUUUUGUGUGUGUGGUUUCCCUUCUUUGCACUCAUCUUUAGAGAUUGACUAAUACCUCAUUCUGUUUGUAAAAACAGCCAGUAAUUUCUGUGCAACCUUAUUAUGUGCAAUAUUUUUAAAUCCUAAGAAAUGUGUGCUUUUGUUUUCAGAUAGACCUAUUCCUUUAGUUCUGCACUUUUCCAUGUUAUACUCCAUAUGAGUAUUAAUCCUAUGGAUACACAUUAAAACUAGUAAAUAUCUCAUACACCUUUGUGAGUGAGAGAAAUAUAAUAUUUACAAUA